ACAAGAACAGUAACCUACGGUAAAAUGGCUCCAAAACCUGCAAAUAAGAAUGCCAGUGGCACCAAGAAUAAAUCGAAGGGCUCUAAAUCCAAAAAGGGUGGAAAGAAUGUCCAAAAGGAACGUAAAGCCCCUACUUUAAAGCAAAAAUUGGCCAAGCAGUCCAAGAUCGUGAAAGUUGGUGAUUUGACAUGGAAGCCUGUCGAAAUCCCCGACAACCUCGGAGACUACCUGGGAUUCAUGGGUUUAGAAGAGUUGGAAGGUGUCGAUGUGCAGGUUGUGGACGGAAAGCCUCAGUUUGUUCAGAUAGAAGACACUAAGAAAGCAUCUGCUAAGGGACAGGACAAGAAGGCAAAGAAAGCUGAAGUACCUGCAGAAACUAAGUCCGAGGAGGAGGAGAAGGACGAUUCAGAGAUGGAGGAAGAGUUUACUGGCUUUGACGACGAAUCUGCUGUGGAAGAAGACUCUAUCGAAGAGGACGAGAAAGAUGAGAAGGACGAAUUGGAAAAUAGUUCGUUUCCAUUGGACUUGCCUUUGCCUGACGAUAACGAAAUAAACUUGCCCUUCUGGCAAGAUGAGAAGGCCCAACUUUCAUUGAAUGCAUACACUUUGGCAGGUUUGAACGCCAUGAAGUUCACCAAGCCUACUCCAAUUCAGAAGAGAACCAUUCCCUUGGCCAUUGAAGGAAAGGAUAUUAUAGGUAAGGCCACCACUGGUUCUGGUAAGACCUUGGCAUACGGUAUCCCCAUUUUGGAAAAGUACAUGAGCAAACUUGCUCUUAUCAAGGAAAACCGUCAAGCUAAAAUCGUCACUCCCCCCACUGGUAUUAUUUUUGCGCCUACCAGAGAAUUGGCUCACCAAGUCGUUGACCAUCUCAAAGAGAUCUCCAAGUUCUCCCCCUUACACUACAACGGUAUUGUCAGUAUUACUGGUGGUUUAUCCAUUCAGAAGCAAGAAAGAUUACUCAGUCAUGGUCCUGGAAUUUUGGUGGCUACUCCUGGUCGUUUCUUGGAGUUGAUCGAGAAAAGCGAAGAGUUGGCUAUCAGGUUAGCUAACACCGAUAUGAUUGUUUUGGAUGAAGCAGACAGAUUGUUGCAAGAUGGCCACUUUGAAGAGUUCGAAAAGAUCUUGGAAUUAUUCUCCAAGAGCAGAAAGAAGUCCUCCACUAUUGAGUGGAAAUGGCAAACAUUGGUUUUCAGUGCAACCUUUUCUAGAGACUUGUUUGGCAAAUUAGACAAGUUCCAAAAGAAGGGAAAGGCGACUGAAGGUACUUUGAUCGACAAUGACGAAAUUCUUCAAUUAUUGAAUGCCAAAUUAAAGUUCAAGGAUCCCAAGCCAGCCUUGAUCGAUGCAAACCCCAAAGAAAUUGUUUCUGGACAAAUCACUGAGGCGUUGGUGGAGUGUGGUCCAACUGAAAGAGACUUAUACUUGUACUACUUCUUAUUGAUGUACAAGGGCACUACGUUAGUGUUUGCCAACUCCAUCGAUUCUGUUAAAAGAUUGGUACCAUUUUUGACCCUGCUUAAUAUUCCAGCCUUUGCAUUGCAUUCUGCCAUGAUUCAAAAACAAAGAUUGAGAUCUUUGGAAAGAUUCAAAGAGGCCAGUGAGAGAGAUGAAGUCGCUGUGCUUAUUGCAUCCGAUGUUGCAGCCAGAGGUUUGGAUAUUCCCAACAUCGACCAUGUUGUUCAUUACCAUCUUCCAAAAGCUGCUGAUGUGUAUAUCCAUAGAUCUGGUAGAACUGCAAGAGCUGGAAACGAGGGUGUUUCUGUGAUGUUCUGUUCUCCACAAGAAGCCUCUGGUCCUUUAAAGAAAUUGAGAAGACUCGUGGCUACCAGUUCCAAAAAUACUAGACUCAAUAUCCACAGUGACGUGAAGCUCUUGCCCCUUGAGAUGGAUUUGGUGACUCAGGUCAAGCCAAGAGUCGCUCUCUCUGCUCAGUUGGCAGAUGCCACCAUUUCUUCCAUUGCUACCAGAAAGGAAAAAACUUGGGUCGAGCAGGCAGCUGAGGAAUUGGGAGUGGAUCAUGGCUCUGAUCUCGAAGACUUCGAGGACGACAUUCUUAAAAAGCAAAGGAAGAGGAAGGAGAGUAAGGCUUUGACCAAAGACGCCCAGAAAAGAUUGAGAGCUGAACUUAGAAACUUGAUGAGCGUUCCUUUGAGAAAGAACUUGAGAAGAUCAUACUUGACAAGUGGCUUGCAAAACUUGGCCCAUCAAAUGGUCACUGGAAACACUCACAAGGAUGUCUUGGGACACGAAAUCACCAAUGCUUUGGACGAUUUGAAGACUAGUGGCUCCAAGAGAGCGAAGAAGGGUGGCAAGAAGUAA